AUGAAUCUCUCUGAAACACAAUCCACCAAAGAGUUCAAUGAGGAUGGCGUUGCUGGCGCCGAUGGCAUUGAGGCAGGCAAAAAGACAUCACACAUACCACUCUGGCAAUCGAUCAAGAAAUUCCCCAGAAUAGUGGGCUAUUGCCUCGCGCUAAGCUCAGCAAUUCUUCUCUACGGAUAUGAUCUGGUCAUCGUAGGGACAGUGGCUGCAAUGCCUCAAUUCCAACUUGUUUUCGGCCAGGAACUGAAUGGAAAGUACAUCAUCCCCUCGAUGUGGCUUUCCCUCUGGAACGUCUCCAGUUGCAUUGGCUUGAUGUUCGGCUCCAUCCUCGGUGGUUACUAUCAAGAUCGUCGUGGGCGUCGGAUUACGCUCGCUACAGGCAGUUUCCUAUCUACCAUUGCAGUCGCGAUAUGCUACAUUUCCGACCUGCCGGAUGGAAUGGAAACCCGUCGAGGGGUAUUCUUCGCCGGUAAACUCUUCCAGGGGAUUUGUAUUGGCAUUCUUCUGUGUGUUACACAGACGUACAUGUCCGAGGUACUCCCUGUUGUUCUUCGAGGACCGAUCAUUGCAUUCUAUCCGAUCUUCACGCUUCUUGGACAACUAGUGGGGUCGAUCGUGGUUUACACAUCACUCAAACACACAGGCGCACAAUCAUACCGGAUUUGCUUUGCGUCGCAAUGGCCGUUCUCGGCCGUCCCCUUUGUCCUAGCGGCGUUUUUGCCAGAGAGUCCAACCUGGCUCUUGAGGAAGGGACGGACAGACAAGGCUCUUAAUGCACAAAAAAAGCUCGAUACUAGUUGUGUCAACUCGCAAGCUGUAAUCGACGAGUUACAGGCGUCAAUUUCAGCAGAGGACGAGGAGAGCGCAACACAUGCAUAUUCUGAUUGUUUCAAAGGAGUCAACAUGCGCCGAACUUUGAUUGUAUCUUUUGCAAACGUGAUACCUCAGAUGUUCGGACUGCAGUUGCUGGCAAAUGCCUCCUACUUUAUGCAGAUCGUGGGUAUGGGUUCAUCUAACAGCUUGAUUUUCCUGAUUUUAGGUAUUGGACUGGGCCUGGUUGCGAAUGUUACCAGUCUAUGGGCGCUGAAUGCCUUUGGGAGAAGAUUUUUGAUUCUACUGACUCUGGGUAUUGUUAUGAUUCUAUGGUUCGCCAUCGGAAUCGCAGGGAUUUUCAAGGGAACCGUGACGAUUUGGUACACAGCGGUUAGCAUGAUGAUUAUUACUAUGAUUUCUGGUUUCGGAUCCUGGCCUGCGUCUCAUGUGGUUGCUGCCGAAGCGUCCUCACUGCAACUCCGAGCCAAGAGCCAAGGUAUUGGGUGGUUUACUAGCGGCGUUGGAACUGCAGUAUUUGCCAUCAUCUUGCCAUAUAUCUACAACGCAGACCAAGGAAACCUGAGAGCUAAAACAGGGUUCGUGAUGGCAGGAUUCGCCGCAGUUGCAGUCGUGGUAGUGUGGCUGGCUAUCCCGGAGAUGAAAGGGCGGACGCCAAUGGAGAUUGAUCGCAUGUUCUCGUUGGCAUUACCGACUCGGGCAUUCAAAGAUUGGCAGAGCGAUGUGACUCUUACAAGUGAAACAGAAGACACCCAUCCGCCCGCGAAAGCAUGA